ACAAUUGUCAUCUGGCCCUAUCAGCAUUAGUUGCAUGGAAGUCUCAGUUGAUGGAGAAAAUGCUCUGAUUGCGAUUAGUUCAUGUUUGGAUAAUGAUGGGACCAAUAAUACCAGCAGAAAUGUGGAAUCCAAUGAGAAUGAGGCUGAAGGUAUUGACCUAGGAGUGAAUAGGAAGAGCCCUAACAACAGGCUGACUGUUCCGGUGCCUUCAAUUUGUUUCCUGGAUCUGCACUCACUUAAGGUAUUUCAUACAUUGAAGUUAGGAGAAGGGCAGGAUAUUACUGCUAUGGCUCUAAACAAGGAUAACACAAACCUUUUAGUGUCAACAGCAAAUAAAAAGUUGAUAGUCUUCACUGAUCCGGCUUUGGGUGGAAGUGGUGGAUCAAAUGCUUAA